AUGACAACUCGCAAGCACAACGAUUUUCUGGACGUCGCUGCCAGUGAUGAUGAAGUUGAUCGCGGAUAUGACUCUGACGAGAAAGUGGCGAGCAAGGGCCGAGCGGUGAAGCGGAGAAAGAGAGCGGCGGAUACCCAAGACUUCUUUGGCUUGCAGUCUGACGAGGAUUCAGAAGGCGAGGACUCGGAAGUGGAAGAGUCGCACUUGAAGGGCAAGGCGCGCAAGCAAACCAAAGCUAAGGCAUCCUCUGCAUCGGACGACGAGAAACGCGACGACGACAGUGACGAUGCCGAAGAGGGUGGAGUCGACCUUGAUGACGACGAAGAAGGCGCAUAUCCCGAAACUGGCACCACAAAAUCGAAAUCAAAGGCCGUGAAGCCGCUGUCUGAUCUCAAGAAAAUUGGAAAGCAGAAGAAGAAGCAAAAGCUUGGAGUGGUAUAUCUAUCCUCUCUUCCGCCAUACCUAAAGCCGAUGGCUCUCAAAUCUAUUCUCGAGAAGCGCGGCUUUCCUCUCACCAAGGUUUUCCUCUCGAAGCGCGUCAACGACUCGAAGCAGAGAAAAUCCAAUAAGAGACAAUUGUAUACAGAGGGUUGGGUAGAGCUGCGGAAGAAGGAUGCGAAGAUUAUGGCGGAAACGCUUAACGCUCAGACAAUUGGUGGUCUUGGCUACUAUCGUGAUGACCUGUUCAACAUGAAAUACCUUUCUGGGUUCCGUUGGGAUGAUCUGACCGAGCAAAUAAACCGCGAGAGAGCAGAGAGAGAAUCGAAACGGCGAGUUGAAGAUGCAAGGGCACACAAGGAAGAGAAGAUGUUCUUGGCUGGUGUUGAGGCUGGAAGAAUUGCGGAUGGUAUGGCGAAGAAGAAUGAAGAGAAGAGAAAACGCAAGUUGGAGGAGGCUGGCAAGGAUGCCGAUGCUGUUGUUGAGAAGAAACCGGUUGUGCGGAGACGAUUCGUGCAAAAUGACGUUGUGAAGCCAAAGCAGGAUUCCAAUACCGUUGGGGAUGAGACAAAGCGGGUGCUUGGAAAGAUUUUCUGA